AUGGACGACACAGGGACGACACAGGGACGACACAGGGUCGACACAGGGACGACACAGGGUCGACACAGGGACGACACAGGGUCGACACAGGGACGACACAGGGACGACACAGGGACGACACAGGGUCGACACAGGGACGACACAGGGACGACACAGGGACGACACAGGGACGAGACAGGGUCGACACAGGGACGACACAGGGACGACACAGGGUCGACACAGGGACGACACAGGGUCGACACAAGGACGACACAGGGACGACACAGGGACGACACAGGGACGACACAGGGACGACACAUGGACGACACAGGGACGACACAGGGUCGACACAGGGUCGACACAUGGACGACACAGGGACGACACAGGGACGACACAGGGACGACACAUGGACGACACAGGGACGACACAGGGUCGACACAUGGACGACACAGGGGCGACUUAGGGUCGACACAGGGUCGACACAGGGACGACACAUGGACGACACAGGGUCGACACAGGGACGACACAUGGACGACACAGGGUCGACACAUGGACGACACAUGGACGACACAGGGUCGACACAUGGACGACACAGGGGCGACACAAGGGCGACACAUGGACGAUACAGGGACGACACAGGGACGACACAUGGACGACACAGGGGCGACUUAG